AUGCUCGUUCGAAACCUCACCACCGGAUUCAAAGACCUGGACUCCCUUGUGGGAGUCCGGCUCUUCAUGCUAGACGAGUGGGAGCCUGGGAGGGCGGAGCGCCACAAACAGUGUCUCGAGUGGCUCAUGUCACUCGUAUCGCUGUUCAGGGCACAGGACACGGACUACAUCAUUCCAGGGAUCGACAAGCAGCGGGCGAUCAAGGAACUGCGUACCUUCUGCCCCAUCCUCGCAGGGCUGCAGGGCAGCAGGGUGCGCGGGGCGCGCAGGGCGCGCAGGGCAGCAGGACAGCAGGGCGCGCAGGGCUGCAGGGUGCACAGGGCGCAGCAGGGCUGCAGGGCGCGCGGGGCGCGCAGGGCAGCAGCAAGGGCUGUAGCGGCAACAGCAAGGGCUGUAGCGGCAGCAGCAGGGCAGCAGGGCGCACAGGGCUGCAGGGCAGCAGGGCGCGCCGGGCGCGCAAGGCUGCAGGGCGCGCGGGGCGCACAGGGCUGCGGGGCACGCGGGGCGCACAGGGCAGCAGGGCAGCAGGGCGCACAGGACUGCAGGGCAGCAGGGCGCGCGGGGCAAACAGGGCAGCAGGGCGCACAGGGCUGCAGGGCAGCAGGGCGCACAGGGCUGCAGGGCGCACAGGGCGCAGCAGGGCUGCAGGGCGCGCGGGGCGCGCAGGGCAGCAGCAAGGGCUGUAGCGGCAACAGCAAGGGCUGUAGCGGCAGCAGCAGGGCAGCAGGGCGCACAGGGCUGCAGGGCAGCAGGGCGCACAGGGCUGCAGGGCAGCAGGGCGCGCGGGGAGCGCAGGGCUGCAGGGCGCGCGGGGCGCACAGGGCUGCAGGGCGCACGGGGCGCACAGGGCAGCAGGGCAGCAAGGCGCACAGGGCUGCAGGGCAGCAGGGCGCGCGGGGCAAACAGGGCAGCAGGGCGCACAGGGCGCACAGGGCAGCAGGGCGCACAGGGCUGCAGGGCGCACAGGGCGCAGCAGGGCUGCAGGGUGCGCGGGGCGCGCAGGGCAGCAGCAAGGGCUGUAGCUGCAAAAGCAAGGGCUGUAGCGGCAGCAGCAGGGCAGCAGGGCGCACAGGGCUGCAGGGCAGCAGGGCGCGCGGGGCGCGCAGGGCUGCAGGGCGCGCGGGGCGCACAGGGCUGCAGGGCGCGCGGGGCGCACAGGGCAGCAGGGCAGCAGGGCGCACAGGGCUGCAGGGCAGCAGGGCGCACAGGGCUGCAGGGCAGCAGGGCGCGCGGGGCGCGCAGGGCUGCAGUGCGGCAGGGCGCGCGGGGCGCGCAGGGCAGCAGGACAGCAGGGCGCGCAGGGCGCGCAGGGCUGCAGGACGCGCGGGGCGCACAGGGCAGCAGGGCGCGCGGGGCGCAGCAGGGCUGCAGGGCGCGCGGGGCGCGCAGGGCAGCAGCAAGGGCUGUAGCGGCAACAGCAAGGGCUGUAGCGGCAGCAGCAGGGCAGCAGGGCGCACAGGGCUGCAGGGCAGCAGGGCGCACAGGGCUGCAGGGCAGCAGGGCGCGCGGGGCGCGCAGGGCUGCAGUGCGCGCAGGGCGCGCAGGGCAGCAGGACAGCAGGAUCCCCUCCCCCCCACUGCUGCACCCGCAGCAGGGGUGGAGGAGAAAGGGGGGGGGCGGGGGGGGCUGGUGCUGCAGAUCCCCUCCUGCCUCCCUCUGAACCUCCAAGCUUCCCCCCCUCUCCCAACACAAGGGGCGACGAGGCCAGUGGGGCCGAGGGGCGCGGCUAGGUACGGGGCCGGGCGCUGGGCUAGGGACGGGGCCGGGCGCUGGGCAGGUACGGGGCUGGGUGUUGGGCGCGGAAUGGGGCCGGGCACGGGGCUAGGUACGGGGCCGGGCGCGGGCUAG